AUGUGUGAUCAGUUCUUAGGAACCUGGAAACUUGUCUCCAGUGAAAAAUUUGAAGAUUAUAUGAAAGAAUUAGGAGUGGGCUUUGCCAUGAGGAAACUGGGCAGCCUGGCAAAGCCUACUGUGAUCAUCAGUGCGGAUGAGGAUAUGCUAACAAUCAAAACAGAGAGCCCUGUUAAAAAUACAGAGAUCUCCUUCAAGCUGGGCCAAGAAUUUGAGGAAACCACAACAGAUAACAGGAAAACUAAAAGUGUUGUUACCUUGGACAAUGGCUCAAUGAUUCAUGUGCAGAAAUGGGAUGACAAAGAGACCACAAUAAAGAGAGAGGUGGUGGAUGGGAAGAUGGUCGUGGAAUGUACCAUGAAGUAUGCCAUCUGCACUAGAGUCUAUGAGAGAGCAUGA